AUCAACUUUUUGAAUCGAAAGGGUAAAUCCACAAGGUUGUGCCCAAAAUUCAGCCUCAAAAACCUUAAGCUGGAGUUAAUGUUGUCAGGAUACAGUUAACACAGGUCUUGGCCAUCCUGUACUGGUUUUUAAGAUUUGUUCUUCUUUUCUAAUGGCACACCAUCGCCCUUUGGGUGAUCCACUUUCUGGAAUAAGCCAGUAUCCAUUUCCUCCGAGGAAAGGUCAACAGGAUCUCUCCCCAGGUGGUAGGAAAAACAUGCCAGCUAUUGGCUCCCUGAGGAAAAAGUUGCCUGUUUUUAAUGAUGAUGGGGAUGAUGAUUAUGGAUCAGGUGGAAUGUACUUCAAUCCUUCAAUGUUUCCUCCACACAGACCAGAGAAGGAGCCUCAUCUUGGGGGUCUUUAUGGAACGCCUUCUGGUAUGCAAUCACCUGGACCCCACCAAUCUAAUUUUUAUGGUUCAGGGCUCCCAAGCUCAGGACUUCCUCCAAAUGUCAAUUCCAUGCAGGUUCCACCAAGUGCUCCAAGAGGAAUGUCAUCUGCUCAGUUUGGUAGAAGCUUGUCACAUCCUGGACCCACCCACUCUACAACAUCACUCAGUGGAAGUGUAACCACUCCAGGUGUUCCCAGCAUUCCAUCCAGUCUUCACAACAUGGUUGGGUCACAGGGAGGGAAUAUGUCAUCACAGUCAGCAAGCAGCUCCUCAAGAAGUUCACCAGUACUAGCAAUUGGAAUGAAUGCACCCCAGACACCUCAACAAACACAUCAACAGAGAGGCUUUAACCUUGGGGGUAUCAGUAGUGGUGCUAGCAGCUCUGUUUCUGGUCCCAUGUCCAGUUUUGGUCUCACAAGAAGCCAAUCAACUAGUGGAGUGACACAGGGUAUGGGUGGUUCUGGACUUCCUCUUUUUUCAGGGGCAUUUCAACCUCCUGGUGCACCUGAUUCACCAAAAUCUCUUCGGCACAUAUUCUCAGGAGCUGGUCAAGGACUCGCCGACGCGACACCAGGUGGUUCGGGUGGGUUAGACCUGUCAGAGUUCCCGGCACUAGCAAACAGAAGCCGAUUGGAGAGUCUCAGCCGUGUGGAGGGUGUGCCACGUUUGGACAGUAUAGGGGGUGUUAGUGCACCUCCUAGCAGCUUACCCAAUAGGCCAAGUUACGGUGUAGUGUCUAAACCUGCUGAACCUCCACCGGAUUUUUCAAUUCAUAAUGAGGACUUUCCUGCUCUCCCUGGUUCAAAUACCUUUAAGUCAGAAAGCCAAACGGACAGUUCUGUUCCUCAGGAUCCUUCCAAGCCAUCAGUUAUCACCGCAAGCUCAAGCAUUUUCCCUGGAACAGAUCUUAGAGGCGGAUCGUCGUAUGAACAAGCGUUGAAAGAUGUUGCAAAAGACGCCAGAUUCGCGACAGCAGAGGCAAAGGCGAAUUCGACAAAUCACAAGCAACCACCAAGAGGAAUUCAGACAUCUCCUUCAGGUAUGAUCUCAAACAUUCCAAAAGGAAUGGUAACGGAUCAAUUUGGAAUGAUAGGAUUGUUAACAUUCAUUAGAGCUGCAGAAACAGAACCAAAUCUUGUGACGUUAGCGCUCGGGAGUGACCUCACGACGUUAGGCCUUAACUUAAAUUCACCAGAGAGUCUUUAUCAUACGUUUGGUUCACCGUUUGCGGACAGUCCGUGUAGACCACAUGAAAUAGACUAUCAUGUGCCCUCGGAGUACCGGAUAAACUCAUUUAUCAGGGACAAGCUUGCACCCAUUAAACUCAGUCGGUAUACGGAGGAUUUGCUCUUCUAUCUCUAUUACACGAAUGGAGGAGAUAUUCUCCAACUUGCAGCCGCAGCUGAACUGUAUGCACGUGAUUGGCGUUACCACAAAGACGAAAGACUAUGGUUGACACGUGCUCCUGGUGUUGAUCCUCAAGUAAAAACGAAUUCAUACGAACGAGGAACAUACUACUUCUUUGACUGUAGUACGUGGAGGAAGGUUGCGAAGGAAUUCCAUUUGGAAUACGACAAGCUAGACGACAAACCUACACUGCAGUCUGUAACAGCACAAUGACAUCUUUAGCCUAGCUACGUGUUUGACUUUGAGAGCAAGAACUUUCUUUGUGAAAAUGAUUUAUCUUGUACACUGUCUCUGAAAUAAUAUUUUGGUCGUGUUUAAUACUUGUAAAAAGCUAUUCGAGAUUUGUGAUAUACCAGAUAUCAUUAAAGAGACUUUUGAGCAGUUUUA